AUGUCUGAAAGUAAAGGAAAUUCGGCCCCGCCGCCAGGGAAACCGAAACCCCUCCCCCCAGCAAUCAAUUUCUUGAAUGCUGGAUUAUCUGGAAUGGCAGCUACGUGUGUAGUUCACCCCAUGGAUGUUAUAAAAAACCGAAUGCAAAUGAGUGCGGAGAAAAUAACCAUCGGAAAGACGAUAUCGUCCAUUUCAACUGCAGGCUUCACGAAAUUCUACGCUGGAUUGUCUGCAGGCUUGCUGAGGCAGGCAACUUACACCACUGGAAGACUUGGAAUUUAUAAUCAACUGAAUGAUGUCUGGAAGGCUAAAAAUGAAGGAACUCCAGGAUUCGGAACUUUGGUACUCAUGGGGAUGGCAGCCGGUUGUGCUGGUGCAUUCAUAGGAACUCCUGCUGAAGUUGCAUUAGUGAGAAUGACUUCUGAUGGUCGAUUGCCUCCAGAUCAGCGAAGAAAUUAUAAAAAUGUAGUCGAUGCGUUCCUACGUAUUAUUAAGGAAGAGGGAGUAACCACGCUGUGGCGAGGUAGUUUAGCAACUAUGGGUCGUGCUGCUGUCGUCAAUGCUUCGCAACUAGCUAUCUACAGUCAAGCGAAGAUUUUGAUGAGUACGAAAGCUGGCAUACCUGAUGGAAUUCCCUUGCACUUUUCCGCAUCAAUGGUAUCCGGUUUCAUCACAGCGUUCAAUUCGAUGCCCUUUGACAUUGCAAAAACAAGAAUACAGAAUGCGAGCUCGAGCGGCAAAUCUCCCGGUGUUAUCGGAGUCAUCACGACAAUCGCCCGAACCGAAGGAGUCGGGGCUCUAUGGAAAGGAUUCUGGCCCACCUACUGCAGAAUCGGUCCUCACACCGUCAUAACUUUCAUUUUCAACGAACAAUUUGCACAAUUUUAUCGUCAAUUUGGCAUGAAAUGA